AUGGUAGCGAAAAAGAGAAGUCAGUUACGGGCCAAAGCUGCGCUUCGGCUUGGCCACGCGAAAGACGAAAAUGAUGAUAAUGGAACUGUUGAACAAGUGAAUCUUCCCGAAGAUCCAAAGGCUUUCUUGCAUCAGGCCCGUGAAUCCAAGAAGGAUAAAAUUCUCAACAAAUCUCAGUCUUUCCUCUCGAAGUUACAUGACAAUUCCGCUUUGAGCGGUUCUAUAUCAAAGUCUGCUUUGAGACGUCGGAAGCGGAAAACCAGGGACCAACUUAAACCACGAAUGGAAGAUUUGCUAGUCUCACUCGAACAAGAUGGCGUGGAAAAUGCCACUUCUGAUUUGGCUAAUAGUGCGCAAGAACAAGAUUCGAUGGCCCCACCCGCAAAAAAAGUUACCAGGAUAUCAAGAGCACCUAUUCCACAAGCAGAAGCCGGAUCUGUUUUAAUACGAAAAAACGAACCAAGUAUGCGCAAUCAGCGUGGUGCUAAGCAACUGACUGGAAAGGAGAUUGAUAGAUUUCAAAGCGUUUUAAAAAACAAGCAAUUCCAGCAAAGCCCUUUUGCGGCCCUCAAAGAGGUUAUCAAAGCUCAGAAAAACUGA